AUGAGCGCAGCACCCCUGCGGCGGCGGCAGCGGCAGCAAGCCGUGGACCCAACCGCCGUGCGGCCGCCGCCGCAGGCAGCAGCCCUGCGACGGCAGCGGCAGCAAGCCGUGGACCGAAACGCUGUGCCGCCGAGUCCCGUGGCUGUGGCCGUGGGCUUCUGGCAGGAAGUCCCGUGGCUGCGGCCGUAG